CCCUCCAGGCCAACAAAACGAGGGAGAUGGGGUGCAAUGCACGUCUGCAUUGCCUGGAAGAUUUAUUACAACGAACAACUCAAGAAAAUGCAGCACAAACCCAACAGUCUCCAUCAAAAAGUGAAACCUGAGUAUCCUGCCACCAGUCUACCUGACACAGUGCAACACAAGGAAUCAGACCAGCCCUCCUGCAUACACCCAAAUACCGACUCUCCAUGUGGACCCUCUGCAUUUGGAAACAUGAGCGACAGAAGUGAAACAGGAAAAGCAGCUGAAAAUUUCAGCCACUUCAACAGAAGUUAUCCCUCUGACCUUUACACAUCUUCACCAGCGUCAUGUCAAGGCCACAAGACCAGGAAAGAGACACUGGAACAGCCUCCAAACCUGCACCAGAAAGAGAAACUUCAGAAGGAGACGCACGGGGGCCAGCCAGUUGACACAACAAAGGAUUUACCUCUCAGGGACAAAUCUUGGGAUCAAACAGCGACUCCUGAACAUGACGGCAGACACGGCUGCAGGAAAAGGCAGCUCGAGUUUGACAGCUCCUUUAAAGUGAAGAGGAUAAAGCAGGAAAUCGUAGAUCACCAGUCUGAUGCUUCAAAGACUUCGCACACUGAUCCACCUCCACUCAGCAUCAGACACACACAUGCAUCUUCACACAGCAUGCCGGUGCAACAUAUAAACAUAGGUGAUUUGUCUGUCUUGUAUCCUAACAGCAGUAGAUGUAACAUUACCAGAACUCCUGGGAGACUCGUCUCUUAUCCAGGAGCUGAAAUGCAUCCCUACCAAACUGCAUCAUGGGAGCCAAUGUGGGACAUUCAUAAGACGAUGGAGCUCCACUCUAGAAAAAACAUGCUGCAGAACUAUUCAUUGAAUACCUGCAAAGGGAUCAGGAUACCUCAUGUAGCACAGAAACAGAAAGAGGCUUUUCAUGGGUUCUUUACGCCACCUUUUUAUUUCCCUCUUGCUCUGAGGCAGCAGGAGACAGUUUACCUUAGAGGGAGGGAGCUUCUACACUCACGUCAUCAGAACUGUCAUGUCCACUAUCCUGGCUAUGUGGCAACAUCCUACAUGGGGCCCUGAGUCUCCAGAGCAGCAAUUCUCAUGAGGUCACUAAGUAAUCCCUCUUUAUCAUCACUUAUGACCCAAAAGAACUGUGUGAUGGUAUAUUUAUCUGUAAAGACGCUGCCCUCUGCCUGUAAUUUCUUCUUAUUUUGCUGUAGUCGGCAUGUUUCUGGCGUCAACAUGCAGGUGAGGUCGGGACUUUAUAAAAAGGAAGUGACCAGGUGCCUGACCGUAAGCAGCACGCACCCAAGAGGAAGCUACAAAAAGAUAGCCCAAAAAGCACAAAUACAGCGAGGUGAAAUGCCAGUCUGGGGAUGGCUUUCACUUCGCUGAUGAUACUGUUUACAGCAGUGUCCGACAAUCCCUGCAUAGUAGUAAUAAAGCAUGGUAGUCUUGAAAUUUAACAUCAGUC